AUGGGAGACAACAAAGCUGGAGGAAUAGUAGCUGCUGCAAAGAACCGUCUGCAGGUGGUGAAGGCCUUGGAGGACGUAGAGGUGUCUGAGUGUGAGAGCUGCUCCUUUGAGGUGACCCUUAACCUCGCCUACAUCGAGGGUGUGUGGACCAGAGAUGGGAUGCAGCUCAAGUCGAAGCCCAACUGUCGCAUCAGCACGCAUGGGAAGAAGCACUCCCUCAUACUGAACAGAGUGGCUUUGGGAGACGCAGGCCUGUUCUCUUUUCAGGCCAACGGCAUUCAGACGUCCGGCAGACUCAGUGUCAGAGCUAGGGACAUCCAGAUAGUGAAGGAACUGGAGGAUGUUGAUACAAUGGAGCGUCAACUCGUGAACUUCCUGUGUGAGGUCAACCAGGUGGAUGUGGAUGGUCGGUGGUACAGAGAUGACUGCCGAAUUCGACAUGGCGACAACAUCAAAAUCAGACACCAGGGUAAAACACACACUCUGUCAUUCAAGUCAGUCAGGCCAGAGCAUGCUGGAGAGAUCAGAUUCACUGCAGAGCGUGUUUCAUCCUAUGCAACUCUCACAGUCAAAGAGCUCCCAGUCCAAAUAGUGCGUCCUCUGAGGGUCAAGAUAGCCAUGUAUCGCCACCGGGGUCUGCUGGAAUGUCAGGUGUCACGGCCUAAUGCUCAGGUCAGGUGGUACAAGAACAGGAAGGAGCUCCUGCCAAGUAAGAAGUACCAACUAAUCAGCCAAGAUAUCUACAGGCAACUGACCAUCGAUGACGUCUGCUCUUCAGAUGAGGACACCUACACCUGUGAUGCAGGAGAUGACAAAACCUCUUGUCAGCUUCUGGUGGAGGAGCAGGCUAUCAGCAUAGUAAGGGGGAUGAGCUCAGUGGAGGUGAUGGAGCCAGAGCCAGCGCUCUUCCAAGUCGAGACCAGCCUGAAGUCAGGGAGGCCGCCCCGGUGGACCCUGAAUGGUGAGGUGCUGGAGCCCAGCGCAGCAGUGAACAUCAACAGGGAGGGCACCCUCCACAGCCUCUGUGUCACUUCCACUGACAGCUCCAUGUCAGGCCCUGUGCUCUUUGUAGCUGGCAAGAGUCGUUCCACUGCCCAGCUUACUGUCAAGGAGCGACCCCUUCAGGUUGCCCACCACUUGGACGACGUCGAGGUGAAGGAGAACAGCUCUGUGACUUUGAGCUGUGGGUUUGCCCCCUCUCCCAGGGUGGUGCGGUGGUUUAAAGGUCGCACAGCUCUGAAGACCUCAAACAAGUACAGCAUGAAGAGGGAAGGGAAACGGGCACAGCUGACCAUUCAUGGCUUGACAGGGAUAGAUGCAGGACAGUAUCGCUGCGUGGCUGGAGGCGCACAGAGCACCGCACACGUGAAAGUAGAAGUGCGAACAUUGAAGUUGGUUAAACACCUUGAGCCAGUUGAAAUUGAGGAGGAUGGCUUUGCCACGUUCUCAUGUGAGCUCAACUACGUGAUUGCCAAUGUGGAGUGGCUCCUCAACAAUGUGCGUCUAUAUUCCAACGCCAUCAGCAGGAUCCAGCACAUGGGCACUAUGCACAGCCUCACAAUCAAAAAGCUGCGGCCACAGGAGAGCAGGGUCACCUUCAAAGCAGGCCUUCUCUCUGAGACUACCACCUUAAAGGUCAAAGAGCGUCCGGCAGUGUUCCUGAGGUCUCUGGAGGAUGCAGUAGGAGAAGAGCAAGGGGAAGUCUGCCUGCAGUGUGAAAUUUCCAAAGAAACAGUGACCCCCAUUUGGAAGAAGGAUGGUAUGGUUCUGGCUGCUGAUGAUAAACAUGAGUUACUCCAGUUUGGGAAGUCCAUGGCACUGAUCAUUCAUUCCUUGAGCAAGGAUGAUGCUGGGCAGUACACCUGUGACCUGGGCACCAGCCAGACCAAGGCUAAAGUUUCUGUACAUGACUUACACAUCACUAUUGUUCAGCGUAUGAAGACAACAUCUGUCCUGGAAGGCGAAAGCUGCACUUUUGAUUGUCACCUCUCUCAUGAUAUCAAUGAUGAGCCAUCCUGGACCAUCAAUGGCCAGGUGGUGAUCACCAAUAGCCGUAUCCAGGUUAUCAACAAUGGUCGAAAGUAUAAGAUGACCAUCAGAGAUGCUACGCUGACCGACGCUGGAGACGUGGUCUUCACGAUUAAAGACCUAAGCUGCAGGACCAUGCUCUUUGUUAAAGAGAAGCCAGUGCACAUCUUCAGGGACCUGUUGAACGUCAAGGCGGUGCCGGGUGAGGAUGCAGAGCUGAGCUGCGAGAUCACCAAACCAGACAUCACCAUCCACUGGCUGAAAAAUGGCCAUUUGAUUAGGCAGAGCCCUAAAUAUGAGAUGACUGUGGAGAAGAACCUGGCGAGACUGGUGAUCAAGAAUACCACCAUCAGAGACUCUGGAGAUUACUGCUGUGAGGCUGAAGGCGUUGCCUCACGUGCCAAGCUGGAGAUCAGGGAACUCCAGCACACAUUUGCAAGGGAGUUAAGGGACACGGCAGCAGAGGAAAAGGGUAAAGUGACCCUGGAGUGUGAGACCAGGCGUCCUGCCAAGCGGGUGACCUGGCUGAAGGGCAUGGUGGAGCUGAGGUCCGGUAGGAAGUAUGUCAUGAGGCAGAGGGGUGUGGUGCUGUCCCUGACCAUCACCUGUCUGGAGAAAUCAGACGCUGACAUAUACAUAUGUGAUGUCGGUACCAUGCAGAGCCGGGCACAGCUCACUGUACAAGCCAUCCCAGCAGAGUUCACCCAGCUACUACAGACUGCGGAGGCCAAAGAGGGGGAGAGAGUGACCCUGACUUGUGAAUACUCUCUGCCAGGGGUUCAAUUCCAAUGGAGGAAAGGUUUUGAGAGUAUCAGGUCUGGAGACAAGUAUGUGAUAAAACAGAGGAAGACCAUCAAUUCCCUAACCAUCAAAGCCCUGAGGCCUGAGGACUCAGGAGAAUAUACCUGUCAGUGCAGAGAUCACCGCACUACAGCAAGCCUCAAAGUACAUGCUAUCCCCAUUACAUUUAUACAGCAGUUAAAGAACAUGCAAGCAGAGGAAGGAAGCAAUGUCAUCCUGCGCUGCGAGCUGUCUAAACCUGGGAUUCCAGUAGAAUGGAGGAAGGGACAUGAGCUGUUGAAGAACGGUGUUAAGUACCAGAUAAGGAAAAGGGAGACCACGCUGGAGCUCCUGAUAUGGAAGCCUGUGCCUGAGGACAGUGGGGUCUACAGCUGUGUUUGUGCUGAUCAGAUGACAUCUGCCACUCUCCAAGUCACUGCUCUUCCUGUCACCUUCAAGCAAAAGCUGAAGAACCUCCAAGUGGAGGAAGGACAUAGCAUCACGCUGUAUUGUGAGAUUUCUAAACCUGGUGUCCCAGUGGAGUGGAGGCUUGGAGGAGACCUGCUGGAGAAUGGAGAGAAGUACCAGAUGAAGCAGAGGGACUCAGCCCGGGAGUUGAUCAUCAGGGAUGCUGAUCCAGAGGACAGCGGGGUCUACACAUGUGUCUGUAGAGAGCAGAGGACUAAAGCCACGGUUAAAGUUAUUGCUGUUCCUGCUACAUUUAAAGUUAGCCUGAAGACCCAGGAGGCUGAAGAAGGGAACAGCGUGACUUUACGCUGUGAGCUGUCUAAGAAGGGAGUCCACGUGCAGUGGCAGAGAGGGGGUCAGGUGCUGUCCGAGGAGAUAUUUCGAGGAAAGUAUCAGAUGAAGAUAGACGGAAAAACAGCUGAGAUGACCAUUCUCAACAUCCAACCAGAGGACGCAGGGAAGUACAGCUGCAUCACAGGAGAUGAAAAAACUACAGCUGAAGUCAAAGUGAAACAACGGCCAAUCAGAUUCCUUCAAGAGCUGAAGAAUAUUCAGGUGCAGGAGGGCAAUGGAGUGACUCUCUGCUGUGAGCUCUCUAAACCCAGCACUCCGGUGCAGUGGAAGAAGGGAGACGAUGUGUUGACCAGCGGAGAGAAAUACCAGAUGAAGCAGAGUGGCUCCACCCUGGAGCUCCUGAUCAGGAAAAGCCAGCCCGAGGACAGUGGCACAUACAGCUGCGUUUGUGACGACACAAAAACUACUGCCACCAUCAUCAUCACUGCGAUCCCAGUAACUUUCAAGCAAAAGUUGAAAAACCAAGAGGCUGUAGAGGAGGGCAGUGUGACUCUGCGCUGUGAGCUGUCUAAACCAGGAGUCCCAGUGGAGUGGAGGAAAGACGCUCAGCUUCUGAGGGAGGGGGACAAAUAUCAGAUGAAGCAAGAAGGCAGGAUGGCUGAGGUGCACAUCAGAAAUUUAAGUCUCACAGAUGCAGGGGAGUACAGCUGCUCUGCUGGCACUGUGGUGACUUCAGGUGACAUCAAAGUAAGAGCAAUUCCUGUAACAUUUAAACAAGAGGUGGAGAAUUUGGAGGCGAAGGAAGGAGACAGCGGAGUUUUCUGCUGUGAGAUCUCCAAACCUGGAGCUCCAGUGGACUGGAGGAAAGGCAGAGUCAUCCUCAAACCUGGGUACAAAUAUGAGAUGAAACAAGAGGGACGUCUCACUAAACUGGUCAUCAACAACAUAGAGGAGAGCGAUGCUGGCAAAUACACCUGCAAGACCAGUGACAGCCAAUCAACUGCUGAGCUUACCGUCAAAGCUCCUCCCAUCACAUUCAAAACAAAGUUAAAGAACCAGCAGGUAGAGGAGGAGAACAGCCUGACGUUGAGCUGCGAGCUGUCUAAGCCCGGCCUUGCUGUGGAGUGGAGGAAAGGACAAGAGCUGCUGAAGAAUAAUUUCAAGUACCAGAUUAAAAAUCGAAACAGUGUCAUGGAGCUGACCAUAAAAAACGCACAGCUGGAGGACAACGGACUUUACAGCUGUACGUACGGCGACGUCAAGACCACAGCCAACAUCACCAUUACACCGAUCCCCCUCUCCUUUAAAAUGGGUCUGAAGAACCAGGAGGCCCCAGAGGGAGGCAACGUGUCCCUUCGCUGUGAACUGUCCAGGGCCGGGGUGCCUGUGCAGUGGUGGAAGGCCGAGGACCAGCUCUAUCACGGGGGAAGAUAUCAGAUGACGCAGAGAGGAAAGAUAGCUGAGAUGCACAUCAAAAACAUCCAGCCCGAGGAUGUCGGGGAGUACAGCUGCAUCUUAGGAGAGCAGAAGACAACAGCUGAAGUGAACGUGAGAGCGGCAGCGUCCGUGUUCUUUGAAAAGGAGCUGGAGAGUCAAGUGGUGAUGGAAGGUAAAUCUGUGCUGCUGUCUUGCGAAGUGUCCAGUGCUAAUGUCCCUGUCACUUGGAAGAAGGACAACACUGUGGUGGAAGAAGGAGGGCGAUACAUUUUAAAGAAGAAAGGCCCCACACACACCCUGGAGAUCAAGAAACUGUGUCUGGAGGAUGCUGGAGAGUACUGGUGUAUCACUAGAGGCAAGAAGACCACUGCCAAGCUGAUCGUGAGGGAGCGCGUGCGGAUUGUUACAGAGCUGCAAGACAUAACGGUCACAGCAGGUGAGGAUGCAGAGUUUGUGUGUGAGCUGAGCCACGCAGACGUGAGCGAGGGUGUCUGGUGGCUCGGCUCCAGCCCUCUGCAGAAGAACGAGAUGAACCAGAUGAUGUGCCAGGGUCGCCGCCACCGACUGGUCCUCACCAUGACAACGCCUGAGGAGACAGGCACCGUGGCAUUUGUGGUUGGGGAGGAGAGGACCUCUGCACGGCUGCUAGUUGUUCCUAAGCCCAAAGUUUUAUUUGAGGAGAAGCCUAAAGACAUUCUGAUCAUGGAGGGUGAGACAGCCACUUUGUCCUGCACGACCUCUGAUUUUACCUCUCCGGUUGCCUGGAGGCGCAACCACAUCCCGCUCCGAAAUGGUGAUAAAUAUGAAAUACGUAAGGAGGGAAAAGUCAACCUAUUGGUUAUCCAUGAUGUGGAUCCCCUGGAUACUGGCAUAUACUCCUGUGAUACAGGAGAUGUUCAGAGCAGUGCCAAACUUACUGUAACAGAGCUCCCGCCUUUCUUCCAAGAAGAAUUGCAGAGUGUGGAGGUUGAGGAGGGAGGUUCAGCCUCUCUGUACUGUGAGCUGUCAAAACUCGGAGUGCCGAUUCAGUGGAAGAAGAACAGACUGCCACUGAGAGCAAGCAGAAAGCACGAGAUGAGGCAGGAUGGCUGCUUCCUCCAGCUUCACAUUAAGGAGCUCAAACUUGAGGACAGCGGCAGCUACUCGUGUCAAGCGGGAAGUGCAGAGACCACUGCAACUGUAUCAGUAAAAGAGCUUCCUCCAUUCUUCAAGAAAGAAUUAAGAAGUGUGGAGGUUGAGGAGGACGCUACAGCUUCCCUGUACUGUGAACUCUCUAAACCUGGAGUGUCAGUGCAAUGGAAGAAGAACAAGCUGCCGCUGAGAGCCAGCAGGAAGUACGACAUGAAACAAGAUGGCUGCGUCCUCCAGCUUCACAUCAAUGAGGUCAAACCUGAAGACAGUGGCAGCUACACAUGUCAAGCAGGAAGUGCAGAGACCACCGCAGCUGUGUCAGUGAAAGAGCUCCCACCCUUUUUCAAAGAGGAAUUGCAGAACGUGAAGGCUGAGGAGGGAGGUACAGUCUCCCUGUGCUGUGAGCUGUCUAAGCCUGGAGUGCCUGUGCAGUGGAAGAAGAACAGGCUGCCACUGAGAGCCAGCAGGAAGUAUGAGAUGAAGCAGGAUGGUUUCCUUCUGCAGCUCCACAUCAAAGAGCUCAAACCUGAAGACAGUGGAAGCUAUACAUGUCAAGCAGGAAGUGCAGCAACCACUGCAACUGUAGCAGUGAAAGAGCUCCCACCAUUUUUCAAAGAAGAAUUGCAGGACGUGAGGGCUGAGGAGGGAGGUACGGCCUCCCUCUGCUGUGAACUGUCCAAGCCUGGUGCAUCAGUGCAGUGGAUGAAGAACAAGCUGCCGCUGAGAGCCAGCAGGAAGUAUGAGAUGAAGCAGGAUGGCUGCCUCCUUCAGCUUCACAUAAAAGAGCUCAAACCUGAAGACAGUGGCAGCUACACAUGUCAAGCAGGGAGUGCAGAGACCACUGCAGCUGUGUCAGUGAAAGCACUUCCUCCAUUCUUCAAGAAAGACUUGGUGCGUGUAGAGGCUGAGGAAGGAGCUACAGCCUCCCUGCAGUGUGAGGUGUCUAAGUCUGGAGUGUCUGUGCAAUGGAAGAAGAACAAGCUGCCACUGAGAGCCAGCGGGAAGUAUGAGAUGAAACAAGACGGCUGCUGCCUUCAGCUCCACAUCAAGGAUCUCAAACCUGAGGACAGUGGCAGCUACACAUGUCAAGCAGGAAGUGCAGAGACCACUGCAGCUGUGUCAGUGAAAGAGCUCGCACCAUUCUUUAACACAUUAUUACAAAGUGUGGAGGCAGAGGAAGGAGGUACAGCAUCUCUGUACUGUGAGCUGUCUAAACCUGGAGUAUCAGUACAGUGGAGGAAGAACAAACUGCCACUGAGAGCCAGCAGGAAGUAUGAGAUGAAGCAGGAUGGCUGCGUCCUCCAGCUGCACAUCAAUGAUCUCAAACCCGAGGACAGUGGGAGCUACUCAUGUCAAGCAGGAAUUGCAGAGACCACUGCAGCUGUGUCAGUGAAAGAGCUCCCGCCAUUCUUCACGGAGGACUUGCAGAGUGUUGAGGUUGAAGAGGGAGGUACAGCCUCCCUGUGCUGUGAACUGUCUAAACCUGGAGUGGCAGUACAGUGGAGGAAGAACAAACUGCCACUGAGAGCCAGCAGGAAGUAUGAGAUGAAGCAGGAUGGCUGCAUCCUCCAGCUUCACAUCAAGGAGCUCAAACCUGAAGACAGUGGAAGCUACACAUGUCAAGCAGGAAGUGCAGAGACCACUGCAGCUGUGUCAGUGAAAGUACAUUGGAAAAAGAAUAAGCUACCACUGAGAGCUAACAGGAAGUAUGAGAUGAAGCAGGAUGGUUGCCUCCUCCAGCUCUACAUCAAGGAGCUCAAACCUGAAGACAGCGGAAGCUACACAUGUCAAGCAGGAAGUGCAGAGACCACUGCAACUGUGACAGUGAAAGAGCAUCCACCAUUCUUCAAGGAAAGUUUAGAAAGUCUGGAGGCUGAAGAGGGAGGUACAGCAGCUCUGUACUGUGAACUGUCUAAGCCUGGAGUGUCAGUACAGUGGAGGAAGAACAGGCUGCCACUGAGAGCCAGCAGGAAGUAUGAGAUGAAGCAGGAUGGCUGCGUCCUCCAGCUGCACAUCAAUGAUCUCAAACCCGAGGACAGUGGAAGCUACUCAUGUCAAGCAGGAAGUGCAGAGACCACUGCAACUGUGUCAGUGAAAGCACUGCAACCGACUCUGCCAAAGGUGGAGCCUCCCACGAUACUGCCUCGCGCAAAGGGCACUGUUUGCAAAACAACUACUACUGCAGAGAACGAGAGGCCUGUUCCUCCAGAGCCCAAAAAGAGAGCUAACAGGAAAGCAUCUAUUACAAAUUUAGAAAAAGACGUGGAGUCAGUGUUGGACCCAAAGCUGAAGGAGAAUAAUGAUGACCAAAAGGGAAUGCAACCUGCAGGGUCUAUGGAGAAAGACUUUGCUGUUUCACAGAAUGUAGCUCAACUGGAAAAGCAUAAGGAGAAAGACAAUGAGGUGUCCAAGAAGGCUGAUAAGACAGUGAGACUACAGGAGAAGGAAGAUGGGGUUGACAGGGGGGUGGAGGACCCACCAAGGCCUUUAGAAACAGAGAAGCAAGUUUUCAUGGAGACGAGACAACCAGGAAGGAAGUUAGAGAAAUUUGUCAAGGUUGACCAUAACGUGAUUAAUGUACCCCAGAGGGUACAACCACCAAAGGGCGUGACACCAGAGAUUGACAUCAGCACUGAGGAUGAACCACAACUACAAGAGGCUGCGAUCAAAAUCCAGGCUGUCUUCAAAGGCUACAAAACCCGCAAAGACAUGCGGCCUGUCUUUAAAGAGGUGUUUAAGAACCAGAGUGCAGAUCUUCAUGGUACAGUCACUCUAGUGUGUAUUGUAGAAGGGAAGCCCAGCACAGUGCGCUGGCUGAAGAACGGCCAACAAAUCGCUCAUGACUAUCGAUGCCGUAUUGAGACUACAGAGAGUGGCGUAUGCACGCUGGUCAUCAAAAACCUCACCGCCAAUGACAGCGGGAUCUAUACAUGUGAGGUGGUGAAUAAGUUUGGUGUGACCUCCUACAAUGGGAACGUAACAGUGGCACAACCUCAGAAGCCUGUUCCAAUAGUCCAGAAGCCUGUGCACCCACCCCUCGCAACCAUAACUCCUCUGCAACUUGCCCCGCAAAAACCUGAGGCCCAGACCAACACACAGACUCAGAAUCUGCCUCGGACGCAAAGCCAGAUACCCUGUACAGCUACAGACGCUGUGAGCUAUGUAGAAAGUGUGAGUGUCUCUCUGUGGGAGGCCUACAACCUGACGGAGCAGCAGGACGCACAGAUGAGCCUGCAGGAGAGGAGAGGAUCCUCACUCAUUGCUGCGAGCUCCAUGUCGAGUCCCUCUGAUUAUGACACCGCUCCGGAUAUGAUGGAACCUGUUGAGACUUGUCCAGCUGUACCAAGGGAAGUGACAAAUACAGUGGACCAAGUGCCUCCAAAAGAUGAUAAAGAACAGAUAACUCCUCCACAACCUCCUAAGAAACUACUGAAGGUCAAAGGGGCUCAUGAGGGCAGACUGAGGACACCAUCUCCUAAACACCACCGUGCUCACACACCCUUAACUAGUACUGUCUCUGGAUCAGAGUCAGAAGGGGAAGAGGAUAGACGAGAGACAUGUGAAAUGUAUGUGGCUCGAGCUGAUUGCAGUCCAAACAGUGGAGAUAAGGGCAGUUUUGUUCUGAAGGAGGGCCAGUUUGUAGAGGUCCUGGAUUCUGUUCACCCUGACAGAUGGCUGGUGAGAACCAAACCCACCAAAACCAACCCCGCUCGACAGGGAUGGGUGUGUCCAGCCUAUCUGGAGAAGAAGAGAAAGGAGACCUUCCCACAAUUGAGAGCACCUCAAGAGGAUCUUGAUGGAAUUGGGUCGACAGGAGAAGAGUACAGGAGAGCUCUGAGCCAACUGAUCCAAGGCCUGAUUGAUGGAGAAGAGGAGUUUGUAAAGGAGAUGAAGAUGUUCACCUCACACCAGCUAAAUUAUUUGGACUCUUGCCGCCACGUCCCCAUUAACAUCCUCAACCAGAAAGAGAUCAUUUUCAGGAACAUGAAGGACAUUGUUCUUCUGCACGAGAGGUCCCUCCUUCCCGGUCUGAGAGAGUGUGCCACAGAUGACGACGUUGCCAUGCGUCUGAUCAAGCUCACUGAGGACUUUGAGAAGUAUCUUCACUACAUGGCGGGACAAGCACAAGCAGAGGCCUGCGUCACGGACAAGGCUGUCCAACAGUAUUUCAAAGAGUUAACAGAAUCUGGUAAGCCUGAGGCUCCUGCCAUGGAUGUCCUUACCUACCUCCAGCGACCGGUGGAGAGGAUUCAAACCUACCAGUCUUUACUGAAGGAGUUAAUCAAGAACAAAGCCAAAAGUGGCCAGAGCUGCUGUCUUUUGGAGGAUGCCUUCUCCAUGGUGUCCUGUCUACCCUGGAGGUCUGACAACCUGCACCAAGUGUCCCUCAUUGAGAACUACCCAGCUCCUCUAACAGCACUGGGCGAGCCCAUGCGGCAGGGAGUCUUCACAGUGUGGGAGGAAACUCCAGAAAUCAAGACAGCCUCUAGAGGGCACCAGAGACAAGUGUUUCUCUUCAAGGAAUGUAUUGUACUGUGUAAACUGAAAAGAGACACGAGUAUGAACAGUGACACCUUCACCUUCAAGAACAAAAUGAAGCUGAAUGAUGUGGAAAUAAAGGAGGCAGUGGGUGGCGAUGAAAAGUCGUGGGGGUUGUGGCAUGAGCACAGAGGUUCACUGCGAAGGUACACGCUGCAGGGCCGCUCCUCCCUGGUUAAACUCUCCUGGCUCAAGGACCUGAAGGAGCUACAGCAACGUUCCAGCCUGCCCACUAACAGCCCACCGGUGUUUGAGUCACUGUUGUCUGACUGCACAACAAAGAUAGGACAGACAAUCAAGCUGACCUGUAAAGUCACAGGAUCGCCAAAACCAGCGGUCAGCUGGCUCAAAGAUGGUCUCCCUUUGGAGGAUGACCCCCGUCACAUCAUCACAGAAGACCGAUCAGGCACCUGCAGUCUCAUCCUGGACAGCCUCACCGCAGAGGACUCUGGACAGUAUGCUUGCUAUGCUAACAGCUUCAUGGGCGGUGCUGGUACUCUGUCUAAGGUUGUGGUGCAGGCUCCACCCAGAUUUGUUUGUCGGCUGGAAAGUGCUUGUUUGAUAGAAGGAGAGGACAUACAGUUUACCUGCUCCACACUGACUACUCCUUUACCACGGAUCAGGUGGUUGAAAGAAGGCAGAGAGUUGUCUGACCAGCAAAAAUACUCCAUCCUGAAUGAUGCUCGGAGUGGGAUCUUGUGUCUGACGGUCAUCAGUGCAACAGAGGCAGAUAUUGGACAGUAUGAGUGUGAGCUUUCGAAUGAGUUUGGCUGUGUCAAGUGCAAGGCAGGGCUGUGCCCCGCUUAUGUACCGCAGAUUGACAUCGAGAACGACCAACCACAGGACUUGCCUCCCAAAGAUGCAGACUCAGAGGGCUGGUCCACUGCCUUUGUGAAGAAAUGGUUACAGACUGAUUUCAGCCCCACCUCUAUUGCUAAGAUGCUCUUCUCUCCUGAAGACCCUGAACAAGCUGAAUGUGGUACUGAACAGGCUGUCCCUGCCUCUACAUCGAUGCGUCAGGUGCUACAGCAGCCCCUCUGUUACCUAGAGGAUGAAGAGGAAGAGAUCUACAUCUCAGAGUCAAUGCAGGAAAUUACAGACGCUCCUCCCUCCAUCCAGGUACCCACUGAGGACCUGUGUGUAGAGCCUGGCCAACCAGCUACAUUUACUGCCAUCAUCACAGGAAGACCUACUCCUAAGAUAGAGUGGUACAAGGAUGGAGAGGAGCUUGCAGCCAGUGAGAAUGUGGAGGUUGUACAGCAUGGUGCCCGCUGCUCAGUGACCGUAGUGUGCCCUGAGGGUGAAGACAGUGGCAUAUACAUCUGUUUCGCCUACAAUGAGUCUGGCCAUGUGUCGUGCCAGGCUCAGCUGACAGUGGAGGAAGGCCCACUGGAGCGUCAGGAGAGAGAGGUGGAGUUGGGGAAGAGGAGGAAAUUAUUCUCUGUCUAUGAUGUCCAUGAGGAAAUUGGAAGGGGAACCUUCGGCGUAGUGAAGCGUGUUAUCCACAGAAGGACAGGUGAAGUGUUUGCUGCUAAAUUCCUGCCUCUGCGGAGCAGCACUCGGACCAGGGCCUUCCAGGAGAGGGACCUGCUGUCCCGCCUGGCUCACCCCAGAGUGGCCUGUCUGCUGGACUUUUUUUGCACCAGACGCACUCUGGUGCUGAUCACAGAAAUGUGCUGUUCUCAUGGACUUCUGGACCAUUUAUUACUUAAAGGAUCAGUCUCAGAGAGAGAGGUUCAGUCAUACAUCCAGCAAAUCCUUGAAGGCGUUGGUCACAUUCACAGCAUGAACAUAUUGCAUCUGGACAUAAAACCUGAUAAUAUCCUAAUGGUGUAUCCGCCCAGAGAUGAGAUCAAGAUCUGUGACUUUGGUUUCUGCCAAGAAAUGGACACAUCCAGACACCAAUACAGCAUGAUUGGUACACCAGAGUUUGUUGCCCCUGAGAUUGUUCACCUGGAGCCAGUCACUGUGGCCACUGAUAUCUGGUCUGUAGGUGUGAUAGCCUAUAUAUGUCUGGUGUGCCGAUGCCCUUUUGUGGGUGAGACGGACCGUGCUACACUGCUGAGGGUGGGGGAGGGGACCCUGAACUGGGACGCCCCUGAUGUCACGUACAGAAGCCCUGAGGCCCAGGACUUUCUCCACAUGCUCCUACAGCCAGAUCCAGAGAAGCGGCCAUCUGCCUUUGAGUGCUUGAGCCACGAAUGGUUCCAGGAUGAACAUGCAGGAGAAGACACUGAUGAAAUCAACACAAAGACUUUGAAAGUCUUCAUCUCGAAAAGGAAGUGGCAGCGUUCUUUGACUUGCAUUGGGUCAGUUCUCACGUUGAGGCCCAUCCCUGAGCUGCUGGACGCUCCUCUCAGAGAUACUGCAGUGACAGUACCCCGCGAGCCCCAGGAACACAGCAGCACCUCUCUGAGCAGUGGCUCCUCAUCCGAGUAUGACGAAGCUGACUCUUGGGACUUUUUCCAGCACUGCAGCCAGACUGAGGAGGAGGAAGAAACAGAGGAGGACUAUGAUCCUUUAAUGGAGAGAGCACAGAUCCCCGAGCCUUUUGCCAAAAUCCACCUAGAUGCAGAGGAGGAAGAGGAGGUGACAUUAGGGGAGGAAGAGGAUGGGGAGAUGGUAGGAAGGAGGAGUGUGCUUGAGCGGAGUAUGAGCAGGCAGUCAGUUGCGUCAUCAGAUGUGUCGUGCCAACAGACACCACAAAGGGAGCGUAGGUUCAGCAAGGACAGCAGUCCAUCUCUUUACCUAUCAGAUGGGGAUGAAGGUUCAGGGAGUGACGGAGGUCGUAUCCCUCGAGGCAGCGUCAUCCGAAGCACUUUCUACAGCACCUCUCAUCAGCUUUCACCCAUGUCUGCCAGACACAUGACAUUACGGGACAAGUUCCAGGCCAAAAAGCAGGAGAGGGGCCGCAAACCGCUCCGGAGAAGCUUUUCGGGACGCCUCAAUGAGCCUCUCAUUGAAUACGUGGAGGAUGAGACAGAGACGAAUCGCGGCCAGAGACGAGCAUCAGUCCAGCCCACAAUGCAGAAGUCCUGUUCGUUUGACAGUGGUGUAGGCCUCACCCACACCAACGUACCCCCUCACAGGAGGAGCAGGUCUCUUGAUGAGUAUUCUCGGCGAUCUCCAAGCUCACCCAAGCGCACAAAGUCAGGUGAAGAAGAAGGCUCUCAAAGUCUGAAGGAAGAUUUCACCGAUGAUGAAGUGGCAGGGAGAAAUUUGUUGGCCAUCCCGAGCCCUCGGCGACCCACAAGAAGACGAGGCUCAGUCGCUCCAAUACAAGGGACUUGCAUGCUGGAUGGAUCAUCUGUUCCCUCAAGCCUCCUUGCUGGAAACAGAAGGAUCCCCAGACUGCAUCAGGAGCAGACAGAGGGUGACACCUUGGCUGGCUCCCAGGGGUCUUUGGCUGAGUCCUCUAUUUUGGAACAUGGUGGCUCUGAGUCUUCAAGUCGACUCGGCUCCUGUGAGGAGCUGAGUCAUGGUCAUCUCGGAGGAAGAUACAGAUCAGGAGAGAGUGAAGGGUAUGAUGAUCAGGGGGGGCCUCUGAUUUCACCAUCCCCAUGCUCAUUCCAGGAAGUUAAACCCAGAAGCUCGUAUCCCCAGGCACCGCCGCGUAACCGCACCCGCUCCAACCCCAACUUAUCUACAAACAGCAGAGGUCAGCCAGGGACCCCACUAACGGCAAGCCCCAGUCCUAGCCUCUCUUCUCUUCAGGCUCCUGAGAGGCCUCCCAGGGCCAGGGACAAGAAGGGGAGCCAUGGCCUCCAGAGGCAUGCAUCCGCUCCAGCCCUCGAAGCCCGGCCACCUACGGGAAAGUCACCUAAGCUGGGACUGCUAAAGAUCUUCCGCAGGCAGUCCUGGACCGGCCAUUCAUACUCCCAGCUGGAGAACACAGAGUUAGGACCCACACUAGGAGAGAUCAUGAAGCCAGAUACUCCCACCAUGUCUCUGAGGAAGAAAAUGAGAGCUUCAGCCUCCAGCCUGACCAAACUGUUCUCCAGGUCUUCUAGUAAGGAGGAUGUGAGCAAAGGAGGACCAAUAGUAAAAGGAUCUGCUCCCAUCCCACCUGAAAGGGAGCACAGCAGUGGUCUUGAGAGUCCAAAAAAGAGGACCUCCAAACUCUUGCCUUCUUUUAAAAUACCUGCGUUCAAAAAGACAAAAGAUCUGCCAGUCCGUCCCAACAAGUCUGAAGUGCUCCAGUUAGAUGGAGGUGGAGUCCUGCUGGUUUGGAGACCAGUUCAGUCAAGUGACCCCAUCACUUACUGUGUGCAGUACUGUACAGAUGGUGGGGAAUGGACGGUCCUGUCAGAGGAGGUGACAGAUAGCUGCUAUGUGGUGAAGGAUUUACCCAGAGGAGCUUCUUACGUGUUCAGGGUGGGCUGCAUCACCAAGACAGGAGCGGGACCUUUCAGUGACGCUUCAGCACCUGUUGUUAUGGCGACUCAUCCCGAAGACACUCACAUUCCUCUCAUCCAGACUGAGUCACUGGGGUCAAAGGUCAUUGCGUCAGAACAACAGACAACACAGAAGAACUACAGUUUCCUCUCUGAGAUCAACAGGGGUCGUUUCAGUGUCGUAACCCUGUGCAGGGACGUUGAGACCAGCCAAGUGUUUGCUGCCAAGAUCACCCCUUACCAGGCUGAGCAAAGGCAGCUGGUGCUAAGGGAAUACCAGCUGCUGAAGAGGCUUCAUCACCCCCACCUGGUGCCGCUACACACCGCCUACAUCACCUCCUACUACCUGGUGUUAGUGGAGGAGCUCUGCCCUGGCAAGGAGCUGCUCUACAGUCUGGCAGCGAGAGACCUUUACGCAGAGGCUCACGUCGCGGAGCUGCUGGUUCAGAUUCUGAGCGCAGUCGACUACCUUCACAGCCGUCGGGUCAUCCACCUGGACCUGAAGUCUGACAACAUGCUGGUGGAUGAUUGCAACCACCUGAAGAUAGUUGACUUAGGCUCGGCUCAGUCCUUCACACCCGGUCAGCCUCUCAGCAUCGAGCACAUCCAGGGCCUGUCGGAGAGCAAAGACUGCCGCAGCAAAGUUUAUAUUGUCCUUCCCAAAGCUCCGGAAAUCCUGGAGGGUCAAGGUGUCGGCCCUGAAACCGACGUUUGGGCUGUUGGAGUUCUGUCGUUCAUCAUGCUGAGUGCCGACAGCCCGUUCCAUGCAGAGCUUGGCUGGGAGCAAGACAGAAACAUCAAGAAAGGGAAGAUCCAGUUUGGACGCUGUUACCCUGGUCUGUCAGAGGGAGCCUUAAACUUCAUGAAGAGCAGCCUGAAUAACAAAUCCUGGGGCAGACCCACUGCAGCCGAGUGUCUCCAGAACCCCUGGCUGCGUGCCCAUCGCGCCCCACACAAAGGCCGACACUCCAAAGUGUGUUUCUCCACAGACAAGCUGAAAGAUUACCUCAAGCAGAAGGAGGAGAAGCGAGACCAGGUCCGCACCAAACUUCAGGGUCCCUUCUUCCAGUAAGGCAACACUGCAGGGGUUUCUCCCUCCGACAUGGCAGCCUUCUAACGUUUCCUUUCAGCUGGAUGUUUCCUGUGUGGCUCUUUUCUGGCUGGCCAGUGCCAGGUCAGACUCCUAGAAUCAUUUUAGUAUCCUCUGAUUUUGAAAAUGUGAUGCGUCUUAAUGCGUAUUUAUCCGUUAGCUUGUGUAUGUGAGUUUGCUGCAGUUUUUGUGCUGACAUGGAAACAUAUCAGGGAUAAGGUUUAGUCUCAGCGACGAGCGCGUGACUCGUAAAAGAGAAACCGUCCCUGUGUUUCUCAGUAUCAGACGGAUGCACAUGUUUGGCCUGAGAGAAAAAUAUUUUCUGUGCUAUUCUUCUUCAUACAGAAAGCAGAUAUUUUUCUGAGUGAUAUAUUUUAUUUAGAAAUUUACACAUUAUGCCUUAAAGUUACAAUGUAUAAAUGGGAAAUGAAUUAGAUUCAUAGGUGUCAUUGGUUUCAUAAGACUU